AUGGCGAGAAAUUCAAUCGAAGCUUCAAAAACAAGUGAUAUUACAACUGAUAAGGAUACAAUGCAGUUUGAUGAUGAAACUUUGAGAGGUAAUGAUUAACGUUCUUUUCAUUGUGCUUUGCUUUCCAUAAUAUCAGGGCGCGGGCAGAAGGGAAAUCGUACUCGGUCAGUCUAUAGGCCGCUAACUAUUUCAGAUACCGUUAUCUUCUUAGGUGUGUGGUCGUAUGUUGCCCGAGGCUACUCAGGAACGUUUUAUACGGGAGAGGCUCCACCCGAGGUCCACCCCCUUACCCUUUUCUAUAAAAUGUUGGGCAGAAAAGGUACACCUUUUGUGUACCUUUGUAUUGAAAAUUGGUGCCUACCAACAGUAAGCCUUCUUCCCAUUUUAUGUAGAGUUUUACAAAGUAAAUUUAUACACCCAUAUGGUGUAAUACCUAAAUGACAAAUUUCCCUACCCUUCUAUAUACUUCAACUCAAGAAAUUAAAUAUUUAGCCUUUUAUAAUCUUCUACAUGCCCGAAGGCUAAAAAAGAUAAGGGGAGAGGCCUCUCUCUAGGCCUUCAUAGGGUAGGCCUGUCCCGAUUGAGGUCGGCAAGUUUUGAGCAACUUUUGCCGUUGGUGGCAACUUUUUGCGGUCCAAGCAGCUUCGAGCAACUUUUGCGGCCUUUCUGUCUUGAGCACUUUUUGAGCAAAAUUACACAGAAAACUUCAGGUUAUGCGAAUUUCUUGAGUGUUUGUCAACCGAAAUGUAAGCUUAAAAGGAAAAAGGUAAAUGCACUUUUCGAUAAAUUAUAGCAAAAAGGAUAAUUUUUAACCAACGUCCUAGAAUUUAUAAUUGUAUUCAUAUGAACAAUUACUUACUAGAUAAGAAGUAUAAUGUUGUUCUGGGAUCUCAUAGUGUUUUCAUAGUGAGCUUGGGAUGCUUGUGGUAUCGCCACAUUCGCGAGCAACACUUUAAGAGUAAUUUUCAAGCUAUUUUUCUUCAUCGAUGUAAACCAUCAUUGUGUAGAUCAACAGGGGCGGAUCUAGGGGGAGGGUGCAGGGGGGUGCGCACCCCCCCCCCUGAGAUGACCUGCGGUUUUCUAAUACAACUGGUAUUCUGCAAAAAAAAAAAAUAUGUGGCUUAUUGGUGUUGAAGUAGAGCAAGAGACCAGUGCACCCCCUCGUAAAAAGAAUCCUGGAUCCGCCCCUGAUCAGAGAAUAAAGGUUGACGUUUAAAUUUAAAAUAGCAAGAAAUUUACGUAGCAUUAAACUUUUGAAAUUCAGGUAGCAAUUUUUUUUCAUUCCAGUCGGCAACUUCCAGUAUUUUACGAGCACAAUUGGGCAGAACUAAAAAACGAGAAGUCGAAAGACUACUGCAAAGUUGAUCAUAACAACGUGUGUUGAUUUUUGAGUCAUAAAUAUAUUUUGGCCGGCCACACCAGCCUUCUUCUGAGGUUUACAGAUGUUAACAAUCGGACAGACCUAUCAUAGGGAGUAUACGCCCACCACCCCAAGAUUGUGGCUAAUGGAAACUUCGUCUUUGAAACCAUGAAGGAAGAAUUAUGCGAUUUUAUUUCUAAAUCAAUUAAAAUAUAUUCCAAAAUUGUGUUUUAAUAUGCGGGUAGCUUUAGUAGAAGCUCAGUUAAAUAUGGAAAUGCUGAUAAAUUUGGAAGUCAAUAUAACACACAAAAACUUAUGAUCACAGCAUUUUCUUAUUAUUAAAACAAAACUAACGUUUCUGUAAUUUCGGUCACCUUUUAGCAAUUGCAGAGGUUUACAAGAACGAAGGCAACGAUGAAUACAAUAAGAAGCAUUUUGAUAAUGCCAUUUACUACUACACAGAAGGAAUCAAAGUCAGCUAUAAAGAUGAAGAGCUGAACGCCAAACUAUACAACAACAGGGCAGCAGCACAUUUUUGA